GGCUAUUUCUUUUUCGCUGACAUUGUUUAAUUCUCGCGUGGGGAAGCUGACUGUUUUCGCUGCUCGUAUUGCUCGUGUAAGGGGUCGUGUGGAGCUGAUUGAUUAUGGCGGUUGAUGGAUGAAUCUCUGGGUUCCUUAAACCCAUCUCGUGGUGUUCGCUGCCGGGUGCUGUCUCUGUCGCAUCUCAGUCCUGAUCCCUCUCCUUUCUUUCAUCUUUCGCUCUCGUUUCUCGCAUUCUUUCACUCCCCUUGCCUUACAAGGCUCACGCUAAUACUUACCACCCUCGUCCUAGCAGGUGGAUCACGCACGAUCCACCCGCGAAUCCACGAUGCCAGCUCGAGACCGCUGCCAGCUGAGAUCGAUGGUCUGGAUCAUUUCUCGCGGCUCGCACUUUGUGGUGUCUUAAUGCCGGCAACACGAAACCCGUCGCCGUGGCAUUUUCUCCACAUGUGGCUUUUGUUCACCCGUGCACAACUUCACAAGCUGCAGCCCAUCUGCAAGUCAGAUCCUGCGAAACCCGGCCGAUCCAGUUCGGAGAGACUCCACGCCCGGAUCCGACGCCUCGCGGAUAACUGCUCUCCUUGCGAGUCCUGUUACUAUCAAGCAAAUUGAUAUGGGAUAAUGACGACAUCGACUCUCUCCGCGCAGCAUCACACCCUCUCCCUCCGCAGCCACCACACCGCACUUGUCUCUCGCUGCCCGAUCAUGUGGUAGCGGCUGACAUUCAACCAUGGAUGACGCCGAUACGACGCCUUCUUUUUCGCACCCUAUUGUUUCCCGUCACACAGGAAAUGCGAAAUAUCAUGUCGACGUUCCUCGUGACAGCUUCGUUGCCUCCCACCACCAUCUAUUCCGUCAAGUUCUUCUACAUU